AUGUCAGCGGAGACAUAUAAAAUAAGGCCAAUAAUAAGUUGUGUAGGAGGACCAACAGACCGUAUCUCUUGGUUUCCAAAUAGAAUUGUGAGUCAACUACUACCAAAAGUGUCUUCUCAUCUAUCAAGCAGUUCACAAUUCCUUGAACGUCUCAAAAAUGCCAGAUUCAAACAAAAUUGUGUCAUGGAGUCAUUUGACGUGACGUCUUUGUACACAAACGUUCAAAACAAACAGGCGUUACAAGCGUUAUCUGAAAUGCUAGAUAGACACGGCAGUAGUAUAGAAACCUUUGGUCUAAGCAAGCAACGCAUAAUGAUCCUGAUCAACGAAUGCCCCCAGUGCAAUAUUUUUAAAUGGUCAGGAAAAUAUUUCUCUCAAAUAAGAGGACUUGCUAUGGGCCAAAGGCUUGCUCCAGUUCUUGCCGUUUGCUUUAUGAGCAGAAUAGAACAACCAGUGAUAGAACGUCUUCUACAGAUGCACUGCCGUUAUAUCGACGAUUGCUUCAUUAUAACAUCAACGCAAUCCGAAAUGGACGAAUGCUUUAGAAUUCUGAAUGAGCGAUCGCAGUACAUAGAACUCACUCGAGAACAACCAAAAGAUGGUUGGCUGCCUUAUUUGAAUGCUCAAAUAAGACUAUACAAUGGCAUUGCAAGUGUGAAAUGGUAUCGCAAGGAAAGCUCGAAAAACUUCACGAUAAACGCAAAGUCAGCCCAUCCUAAUGGCAUGAAAAAGGCAAUUAUCCGAAAUAUGGUUAGAACAGCAACAGCAAUGUGCACAGGGGAUAGAGAACGGGAGGAAUCACUAAAACUAGCCACAAGCAUAGCUAGUUCAAACGGGUACUCGAGAUUGAAAUCUAACACCCAAUCUCGACGUACGAACAACAUAUUGAGGAUCCCACGUGAAGGUAGAAUUCCUUUGUGCAUCCCCUUCGUCUCUGACUCCUUAACUGCUGCUACACAGCGGACUCUUUUGCGAGCACAGCUGCAAGAUGAUGUUGUGUUGGUGAACAUACCGAACGACAGCAUCAAGCGACAGUUAGUUCGCAAUAGAUUCUACGAUAGGCAAUGCGGGUCAGAAUGUUGCGUUGUUUGUCCAUUCGGUAAGGCCGGUGAUUGCACGAGAAUCGGAGUUAUUUACCAAAUAGAAUGCCUAACGUGCAACGCCAUUUAUGUUGGAGAAACUGGAAGGAUGCUGAACGUGCGUAUCAAGGAACAUUUGGCUGGUAAAAGGCGAGGGAGUUCGAUGACACCAUUAGGGCGCCACAAAAAUGAUAAGCAUGAUGGAAACGAGUUUGAAAUAAAAUGUACGAUAUUAGCGCACGAGAAAGAAAUAUCUGCUAGGAAGGCUUUGACAGCGUUCUGGAUUUCCGCCAGGAAUCCGUCCAUGAAUAACAAAAAUGAGUGCUUAUCAAUUACCAAUGACUUCUUACCGUUCGUAACACUCUGUGAGCUAUAA